UGGACGCACCCAUAGCUGGUGUCUUCGAAGCAUGAUUGUGUAUUUUAACCUAACUUUUCAUGUGUAAACAUUAUUUUUUACGUGUAGUAAGACGAGACAAUGGUGCACAGUAAAAUAUUUGUAAAGAAUCGCGCAUUAGGAUAUGUCAGUAAUCACAUUCCCCUCGUGACAAGAUAUAUUGAGAGGCGGAAAGAGAAUCUUAUAGUAACAUGCGUUGGAAAUGCGUUUCACACGUACGGCUGUUCGCAUUUUACACUUCUCAGUGUGUCAGGAACCCAUCCAGGUGAAAUUACGUGUUUGUCAGGGGAUUCCUAUCAUAUUUAUACAGCAUGUGAAAAUGUCAUCUAUGCUUGGCGAAGGGGAACAGAGAUAAAGCACGCUUACAGAGGUCACGAGCACACUGUGCAUGCCCUAUUGCCUUUUGGGCCACAUUUAAUAUCUGUAGAUGAAGGUAACAAUGUUAAAGUGUGGGAUAUCAAAUCAGAAGAGCUAAGUUUGGAACUUAACUUCAGUGACAAUCUUUUCAAAAUAACAACAUUGAUACAUCCCAACACUUAUAUGAACAAAGUAUUAUUUGGAAGUGAACAAGGCCAAUUACAGUUAUGGAAUCUCAAAGUUGUUAAAUCAAUUUAUACAUUCAAUGGUUGGAGGACACCUAUAACUGCACUUGAACAAGCUCCUGCAAUAGAUGUUGUAGCUGUUGGUUUGAGUGAUGGAAGGAUUAUAUUGCACAAUCUAAAAUAUGAUGAAAGUCUUUUUGAAUUGGUACAAGACUGGGGCUCUGUGAUAUCUAUUAGUUUCCGUACGGAUGAGUAUCCAAUUAUGGCCACAGGAAGUUUGGAUGGUCAUGUUGUAUUUUGGAACUUAGAACAGCAGAAAGUAGAGAGUCAACUUUACAAAGCACAUUUUGGUGCAGUGACUGGUUUAAAAUAUUUGCCAAAUGAGCCACUGUUGGUGUCAUCAUCACCUGAUAAUUCUUUGAAACUAUGGAUAUUUGAUUUAGCUGAUGGUGCUGGCAGACUUCUAAGAAUCAGAGAGGCUCAUGCAGAACCACCUACUGCAAUUCGUUUUUAUGGAAAUGAUGGCACAAGUAUAUUGACAGCUGGAAGUGAUUCUUCAUUGAGAAUAUUCUCCACAGUUACAGAAAUAUUAAAUAAAAGUUUGGGCAGAGCCUCAUUUAACAGAAAAGCUUCAAAAAAGAAAGGAAGGACUGCAGAUGACCCUUUGAUAAUGCCACCAAUAACUGAAUUUGCUGCAGAAAUUACAAGAGAAAAAGAAUGGGAUAAUAUUGUGGCAACACAUUCUGGCUUGGGUACAGUUACCACUUGGUCUUAUAAUCAAGCAAAAAUGGGAGAACACAAAUUAUUCCCAGAAAAAUUUAAAGGCAAUCACAAUGUUGUAGCAAGCAGUGUAUGCUUAACAAAGUGUGGGAAUUUUGUUGUUAUUGGUUAUAAUACAGGCCAUGUAGAAAGAUUUAAUAUACAAUCAGGACUUCACAGAGCUACUUAUGGUGAUGAUAAAGGUGCUCAUAAGGGUCCUGUAAGAGGUGUAAUGGUGGAUCCUUUGAAUCAAACUGUUGUUACAGCUGGAAGGGAUGCUUUCAUAAAGUUUUGGGAUUUUAAGCCAAAAAAAGGAAACACAGAGCCAAGAGCAAAACUAGCAAUGGAUGAACCAGUUGAGUGGCUGAGGUAUCACAAUGAAAACUCUCUGAUAGCUGUAGCAUUAGAAGAUUUUAGUAUUGUAUUAAUUGAUCUCGAUACAAGACGAAUUGUACGACGUUUUGAGGGACAUCAAUCGCGAGUAACAGAUGCGUGUUUUAAUCCAGACUCAAGGUGGUUAAUAACAGCAUCUAUGGAUUGUACAAUAUGUACAUGGGAUAUUCCAUCUUCAAAUCUAAUAGAUAUUUUUCAGGUUCCAGAAGCAUGUACAUCUUUACAUUUUUCUCCGACGGGAGAAUUCCUUGCCACGACGCAUGUAUGUAAUGUUGGGAUAUAUCUAUGGUCAAAUCGAACUCUUUAUUCUCAUAUUUCGCUGAAAGCCGUAAACAGAGAUGAUCCGGUUCCAAUGAUCGGUCUUCCGAACACUGUAGUAGAGGUUAUCGAUCUCGAUAUGGACGAUCUUAAGAUUGAAUCAGAGCCUGACUACGUUUCCCCACAACAACUUCACGAUGACCUUAUUACAAUGUCCGGGUUAGCUCAUUCAAGAUGGCAGAACUUACUCAACAUAGAUAUCGUUAGAAGAAGAAACAAACCAAAAGAACCACCCAAAGCACCAGAAAGUGCCCCCUUCUUUUUGCCAACGAUUCCAUCGUUAGAACUCAAAUUUGAUUUCUCAGACGUCCAAAAUAAAGACACAAACAAAAAAUUGAUGACUCAUCCGAACCUACAGAAUCUUACGAUUUUCAGUAAAUCCCUACUAUCUGUCGAGAACGACAAAUUUGAAGAUAUUUUUGAAAAAUUGAAAUAUAUGAGCCCGAGUUCGAUCGAUUUCGAAGUUCAAUCGCUAUCGAUCGAUGAAAACACGGCGAGUACCUUGUUGCUUCGUUUUAUGAAAAUGAUACAUUAUAUGAUCAAACAGAAAACUGAUUUUGAAUUGGCACAAGCUUACUUAGCCGUGUUCUUAAAGUGGCACGGAACAGCGAUAACAGAAACCGAAUCGUUAAGAAAUUAUUUAAGUACGAUACAAGAAGCGCAAUCGAAAAACUGGUUUUUAUUAAGAGAUAAAUUGUUUUAUAAUCUUAGCGUUGUACAAGCUUUGAAAAAAAUGUAA